AUGAGUAACGGGUCCAGUAGAAGUGAUGGCUUUAGGCCGAAAAUACAAUCAACUUCAACCCAAUUUAAGGCCCAUUUGAGCCCAAACUUGGACACCAAGGGCGGCGGCGGACGGUCGAUAGGAUUGGACAAACGGACGGCGGAGAACGCUCUGCGAAACCCUAAGGUCACCGCGAAUCUCACCAAGGUCAUCCACGAGGCGGAUGUGCAAAAUGGAUGCGAUAAGACUGUUGGAAAUCUUCUAUACAUGGUUGCUACAAAGUUUCCAGCUAAUGCUUUGAAUCAUCGGGUUUUUCUACUCAAAUACAUUGUCUCUUCACAGGUAAAAAAUGCUGCCCAGUUGGAUGCAGCAUUAUCAUUCCUUUCAAACAUUGGGCCUGAAAGUUUCAACGAGAAUGAGUUUGAAGAAGCUUGCGGUGUCGGAGUUGAAGUUUCCCUAGACGAAAUUCAUUCUUCGGUUACUGCUGUUCUCAAAGAGAAUAUGGAUGCCAUUCUAGAUCUGCGCUACCAUUUCAAUGUUGGCAACUUAUGCGGACAAGUAAGGAAGCAACAUCCCUGGGCUGAUGCUAAAAUCGUGAAGGAAGUAAUUGAUGAAAGGCUUCGAAGUAUACUUGGCGAGAGGACUGCAGAAGAUGAUAAAAAGCCUUUGAAAAAGAAGAAAGAGAAACCUGUAAAAGUUGAGGAAAAGAAAGUCUCUACAGCAGCUUCGACAACGCCUCCUGAAGAGGAGUUAAAUCCUUUCUCUAUAUUUCCUCAGCCUGAGGAAAACUCAAAGGUACAUACAGAGAUAUUCUUUAGUGACGGCAGCAUAUGGCGAGCUCAUAACACAAAGGAAAAGUUAGAGAAACAUCUUAAGUCAACUGGUGGUAAAGUUUUAACUCGGUUCCCUCCUGAACCAAAUGGGUAUCUACAUAUAGGCCAUGCCAAGGCCAUGUUUAUCAAUUUUGGUCUUGCAAAGGAUAGGGCUGGAUCAUGUUAUUUGAGGUUUGAUGAUACUAACCCUGAAGCUGAGAAACAGGAAUACAUAGAGCAUAUCCAAGAAAUAGUACAGUGGAUGGGCUGGCAGCCAUUCAAGGUUACCUAUACCAGUGAUUAUUUUGAAGAUCUCUACAAUCUUGCAGUUGAACUGAUAAGGAAAGGUCGAGCUUAUGUUGAUCACCAGAGCCCAGAGGAAGUCAAGGAGUUUAGGGAAAAGAAGAUGAACAGCCCAUGGAGAGAUCGACCCGUUGAAGAAUCAUUACAGCUGUUUGAAGAGAUGAAAAGAGGAAUGAUUGAAGAGGGAAGAGCUACUCUUAGACUGAAACAAGAUAUGCAAAGUGAUAAUAAAAAUAUGUAUGACUUGAUAGCUUAUCGUAUAAAGUUCACUCCCCACCCUCAUGCUGGUGACAAAUGGUGUAUAUAUCCAAGUUAUGAUUAUGCUCAUUGCAUAGUGGAUUCUCUUGAAAACGUCACACAUUCGCUUUGCACUCUUGAGUUUGAGAUUCGUCGUCCUUCAUAUUACUGGCUACUGGAAGCUCUAGGACUUUAUGAGCCUUAUGUUUGGGAGUACUCAAGGUUAAAUAUUUCAAACACAGUGAUGUCUAAACGUAAGUUAAAUAGGCUAGUCACGGAGAAGUGGGUAGAUGGCUGGGAUGACCCACGCCUAAUGACACUAGCUGGGUUAAGGCGUCGUGGUGUGUCUUCAACUUCUAUUAAUGCUUUCAUUCGAGGAAUCGGAAUUACAAGAAGUGAUAAUAGCCUGAUACAGGUAAAUCGCCUUGAAUAUCACAUAAGGGAAGAGCUUAACAAAACUGCUUCUCGAACUAUGGUUGUGUUAAAUCCUCUUAAGGUUGUAAUUACAAAUCUUAAUUGUGGAUCAACAAUGUAUCUUGAUGCAAAGAUGUGGCCCGAUGCUCCAGCAGAUGACCCAUCAUCAUUCUACAAGGUUCCUUUCACAAAUGUCGUGUACAUUGAACGUACAGAUUUUCGUCUCAAGGAUUCAAAAGAUUACUAUGGUCUUGCCCCGGGUAAAUCUGUACUGCUCAGAUACGCUUAUCCGAUAACAUGCACAGAAGUUAUAUAUGGUAAUGACAAGGAGACUGUAGUUGAGAUAAGGGCAGAGUAUGAUUCUUCAAAGAAAUCUAAGCCCAAGGGUGUGCUUCAUUGGGUUGCUCAACCUUCACCUGGGGUUGAUCCUCUGAAGGUGGAAGUAAGAUUGUUUGAGAACUUAUUCCUUUCUGAGAAUCCUGCUGAGCUAGAAGACUGGCUUGCUGAUCUUAAUCCGAGAUCGAAGGAGGUGAUAUCAGAAGCAUAUGCUGUGCCUUCUCUUGGUAGUGCUACUACUGGCGACAGAUUUCAGUUUGAGAGACUUGGGUAUUUUGCUGUUGAUCCAGAUUCUACCCCCGAGAAACUCGUCUUCAAUAGAACCGUUACUCUCCGCGACUCCUAUUCCAAGGGUGGAAACAAAUAAGAUGCAGAUUCUUAUAUAAGCCGGUGCGGUUCUGAUAUAACCAUUUGCAACCAUAGCUUAAGCAAAUAUGUUACGUUUAUCAUGGGAUACUAGUGACUUCACAGAAGUGAUGAUUUUGCAGAAAGAAAGUCUGUAUCUCUCUUUUCUAUCGGGGGCUGAGUUUGCUGAGUCGUAUUGUCUUCUCGAUAAAAUUGUCUCUUAUUAUUGCACCUUAUUGUUUUAAGAAAUGAGCGUAUCCUUAUAACUGAUUCAGAGUAUGGCGAUGAUGUAUACGUGUUUUCUUCUGGUAUAAUGGCUUAAAAUAUACUACACAACCUUUGAUCA